AUAACUUCAGUCGAUUUAAGGGACUUCAAAAACGUGAAAGAACUGCCUGCACGUCAGUAGCAUAAUGACCUCCAAGAGUUAUGUUGCCAUACCUUGCCCAUCACAUCCUACCGUUAAUGUCGGGAAGGUUAUAAAAGCAGCACUUGAGGAGGACGCCGGUGACCGUGGAGAUGUCACCACGCUCGCGACGAUCCCGCCGGAAACACAGGCAGUAGCGACAUUCACAGCGAAGAGUGUCGGAAUCGUUGCGGGCUUCGGUAUUGCGGAUGAAGUUCUAGCGACGGUUGACCCCUCUGUUCAGGUGGAAUGGCGGGCUCGCGAUGGCGACCGAGUGGACCAGGGGCAGGUGCUGGGGGUACUGAGGGGCAGCGCCCGGGCAAUACUGGUGGCGGAACGGGUCAUGCUCAACUUUAUGCAGCGCAUGAGCGGUAUCGCCACCGCCACUGCCGCUAUGGUAUCAGCCCUGGAUGGGCUACCCACCAAGGUCUUGGAGACUCGCAAGACUGCGCCCGGUCUUCGUCUGCUGGAUAAGUGGGCAGUGCUUAUCGGCGGGGGCACCAACCACCGGAUGGGGUUGUACGACAUGAUGAUGAUCAAGGACAACCAUAUCGCGGCGGCAGGCGGUAUCCGGGCGGCGGUGCAGCGAGCAGAGGAAUACAUCAGGGACCAAGGUCUGGGGGAUUCCAUGAGCAUCGAGGUGGAGACGUCCACACUGGAAGAGGUGGACGAAGUAGUGGAGAUACUAAAGGCAACACGUGCUGCUGAAACCGCCGCCGCAGCCGUGACGACAGGCGAGUCCAGCGGCGACGGCGCUCCUGGUCCUGCUCCUCCUCCUGCUGCUGGCGCCGCACCUCACCUACGACGGGUUAUGUUGGACAACAUGGCCCGGAGGGACCCGACCAAGGAGGGGGGAGUGGAUGUGACUCUGCUGGCAGAGGCGGUGGGACGCAUUGGCGACCUGGCGGAGACGGAGGCCUCGGGCAAUGUGACACUGUCGUCCAUCCGUACCAUCGCCGCCACCGGUGUUACCUACGUCAGCGUAGGGGCCUUGACCCACUCGGUGACGGCGCUGGACAUCUCGCUCAACAUCGAGACGCAAUGA